CUUAGCCUGGUUCAGAACGGAUGUCUUUUCGGGAGGGAAACUUCACUGGUUUUGUCCCGAGUCUAGCACGGUUCUAAUAGACGGGUCUGGAAGUCACGAAGUAGCCUGGCGUUCACGCGGAUCAGUGGUCAUGUCUGGCAUUGCCCUGAGUCGACUUGCACAAGAGCGCAAAGCAUGGCGGAAAGACCACCCUUUUGGCUUUGUUGCGGUACCAACUAAGAACCCCGAUGGUACAAUGAAUCUGAUGAAUUGGGAAUGCGCCAUCCCGGGAAAGAAAGGGACUCCAUGGGAGGGUGGGCUGUUUAAGUUGAGGAUGCUCUUCAAAGAUGACUACCCUUCAUCACCCCCAAAAUGUAAAUUUGAGCCCCCGCUCUUUCAUCCUAAUGUUUACCCAUCAGGAACUGUGUGUCUCUCCAUUCUAGAGGAGGAUAAGGACUGGAGACCAGCUAUCACAAUCAAACAGAUUCUGCUGGGCAUCCAAGAGCUGUUGAAUGAGCCGAACAUUCAGGACCCAGCUCAGGCUGAGGCUUACACUAUAUACUGUCAGAACAGAGUGGAGUAUGAGAAGAGAGUCCGAGCACAAGCCAAAAAAUUCUCCCCCUCGUAGACGUGAUGGAAGGAUGGAUUGAUGGAGGGAAUGUGUCAACACUUUGCAGCCCCCCCUUUUUUUUUUUUUUUUUUUUUUUUUUUUUCCCCUUUUUCUUUUUUCCUCUCUUCUUUCCCUUUCCUUGGACUGAAAGGACUCGUUGUGAUGUUGGUGCCAUCUGUCCCAAACCCCAGGGCCUGUGCCCCACCUCCACACUCUGAUAGGGAUGUCACAGCCCCAACUCCCAGAAAGCCUUGCAGGACAGUCCAUGCCCACUGUUUAUCUUAUUAGCCAAAACCCACCAGUCAGAAAAGGACUUCUUUUUUUUUCUUUUUUUUAGUCAAAGUAAACAUGAUGCGACUUUGGAUUGAAGCUCUUAACUUUCCGUGUGUGUAGUGUC